CACUUUCCCCGUGUAUCAAAGCAAGAUGGCAGCUGUUGUUGAGAAUGUUGUCAAACUGUUGGGGGAGCAGUACUACAGAGAUGCCAUGGAGCAAUGUCAUAACUACAAUGCCAGGCUCUGUGCGGAGAGGAGCGUCCGAAUGCCGUUCCUCGACUCUCAGACCGGUGUGGCUCAGAGCAACUGCUACAUUUGGAUGGAGAAGAGACACAGAGGGCCAGGCAUGGCUCCAGGGCAGCUCUACACCUACCCAUCCAGGAGGUGGAGGAAGAAACGGCGAUCUCAUUCUCAAGAGGACCCCCGGCUUAUUUUUCCUCCCCUCAAGCCAGAGGUAGAUGUGGGACUGAAGAAGGAUGCUCUGUUAUCAGCCGACGGCAGCAGCCUGGAGGCCCUGCUGAAGGGGGAGUCUAUGGAAAAACGGCCGACCACAGAGCUGCGAGGGUCUGAGGAGGAUUCAAACCAGAGCGACUACACCGGAGGCCUGAACCCGGCUCGGAUUAGAAAGAGAAUCCCCGAGCCAGAUGACUUCCUGGACGACCUGGACGAUGAAGACUAUGAGGAAGACACGCCUAAAAGAAGAGGCAAGGGGAAGGGGAAGGGUCGAGGAGUGGGCGGUAACAGGAAGAAGCUGGACACAGCAGCACUGGAGGACCGAGACAAGCCGUACGCCUGUGACAACACUAUCAAACAAAAGCAUAUUUCAAAACCUUCUGAAAGAGUCUGUGGAAAGCGCUACAAGAACCGUCCCGGCCUGAGCUACCACUACGCCCACUCCCACCUGGCGGAGGAGGAGGGUGAGGAGAAAGAGGAGAUGGAGAUCAAUGAGCCCCCCCUACCUCUGCCCGAUGAGCCUAAAACUCCCAAGAAAGGCCCAGAUGGUCUUGCUUUGCCUAAUAACUACUGUGACUUCUGCCUGGGAGACUCCAAAACCAAUCACAAGACGGGCCAGUCAGAAGAGCUGGUGUCCUGCUCGGACUGUGGACGCUCAGGCCACCCAUCCUGUUUGCAGUUCACUCCCGUAAUGAUGGCCGCUGUGAAGACGUACCGCUGGCAGUGCAUAGAGUGCAAGUGCUGCAACAUGUGCGGCACUUCAGAGAAUGACGUGAGUUUAACUACAUUCAGACACUGUAUGCACUAUCGAACAAUGAAGUCUGAACUUCUGUUGUUGUCCUUUUUCUUCCAGGAUCAGCUUCUGUUCUGUGACGACUGUGAUAGAGGCUAUCACAUGUACUGUCUCAACCCACCCAUGUCUGAACCUCCUGAGGGGAGCUGGAGCUGUCAUCUAUGUCUGGACCUUUUGAAAGACAAAGCAUCAAUAUACCAGAACCAGAACGCCCCACCGUCGUGAUGCCUGCCUUCCCCUUGUACACACUCAUCACUUAACCGUCCCGCAGCAGUAUGAUUUACCUUUCAAGAUGGAUAAUAAACUCCCCUGACGAGCUGACCUCAUAGGGAGCGUGUUGAGAAUUGACAAUUAAUUGUUAAAAGGGAAGUAUCCCUUACCAAACUGGCCUCACUUAGCUUCAGAUAUGACUGUUACACAGUUCCAAGCUCAGAUUCAGCCCCAUCACUUUUUAUUUUUAACCUCUUUGCCACAUAGCCAAUUUGAGCAGUACUAAAUUUCAACGAGAAACACAACAUAAAUAGCCAAAAUCUGAUUUCAUGUCCAAUUUUUUUUUUUUUUUUUUUUUUUACACAUACACCUACACAGAGUUGCUAAAACCUUCUGUAUCCUGCAACAUACUCAUUUUAUGACUAGAGCAGAAAUCUUGUUGGAAUCAAGUAGCAUGCCAGUGCUUGCUCAUCAUGGAAAAAAAAGAUUUUAUAUAUUUAUAUAUUUCUAUGGUAUAUAAUAGUGUUAAGUAUGUACAAAUUGGAAAAAAAGAAUGGUCAUGUAAUGGUCUUUUUAUUAGUGCCCAUCUCAUCAUUAUGGAAAUAUCCACGUGUUCUUUUAUGGCACUGCUGAUAUUUGGUGAUUCUCUGGAUAGAGUUAAAGGGAUCUGCUGAGACUAAAUGAUUUUCUAUCUCAUCCACUGCCACUGGCCGCGCAGAAACUUCAAACGAAUCACGAACUAUGAAAAGAAACCCAGACGUGCUCUCUGUGUGGCUCAAAAGGUUGAGGGACUUCAGGGAUGACAGGUUAGACUUUAGUCAGAUUGUUGACUCCUGUGUGGCUCAAUGAGCCGCACAGAGUUCAAGAGGAUGCAAGAGGAUAUAAUCAUGUGCAUGUUUUAUUCAGGCUUUGGGGCCUUCUUGACAAAGCAUUAGGCUUUUAACUCUGGUCCUCUGAUGUUUGACUGAAAAACUGCAAUCUUUGAUCUGCUCACCUGGCUCUUGUUUGACAGACUGAUGAAUCUUACUCAUCAGCCAGGUAAAAAGAUAAAAAGCCUAUGUUGCUGUGUUUUAGCAGUUUGCUCAUCAUGCACCAUAUCCAACAUCUGUUGAUGUUGUAACACCACUAGAAUAUUUUAAUGUAAUUGAGGACUUUGCGACCUUGUAGAUGGUAACUUGCUGGCAAUGUUAAAGCAAUAUAAAAAAAGCUCCGGUUGGAAGCUGGGAUGACAGGGAUUCAUGACAGCAGGUUCGGUUUAGGCUCUGUUGGCAGAUAAUGUGCGAUACUGUAAAUUUUCUUUCUCAGAAAAUGCUAUUACAGAUAGGAGACUGUGGCAGCAGCAAUUAUGGAUGGCUCCAUAUUGUAUAAAAAAAGAGAUUAUAAUAUGUAUAUGUAUAGUCCUAUGGAGAAAUGGCUUUUUAUUACUGCUUUCAUAGUUUUAUUAUGCAGUGGUUUCCUUCUGUGGCAUGUCUAAAAGAAAAAGUCUGGCUGGACUGCUUAAGCAGUUACUUUACCUCAAACAGAAACAGUAUUUAAAGGGUUGAAACAUGCUGUUGAUAGAUGGGACAAGGACAGAAGGAUACAUAGUAAUGACAGCUGCAGUGUCCGCUUCAAUAAUUGCAUAUUCUACAGGUAAACAAGUGCAUGCUCAGUUAUCGUCUGCACUCUCAUAUGCUACGUAGUCGUCUCAGCGUUAGGUUGGCAAAGGUGUUGGGAAGUGGUGUAAUAUAAAGUAAUCAUUCUAUCAUGUUGUUUCAAUAGCCAACUAACAAUUACUAAAACAUUACAUGGGUAUAACUUGGUUUAUUUUCUCAUCACGUUUUAAACUUUGUUAUUUAGAGACAGUGGCCACUAGAACAUGUUGCUGGUUGUUUUUGUAUUCAUGGAUGAUGUUUGCGUAUGUGAUGUGUGGAACAUUUUGGGACUAAAGUGGAGUUGCUCUCUAGUUAAUCCUGUGAUCAUGGUCUAAACUGAGUUGCCCUCUUCCAAAGCUCGAAACAAGAAGCAAAGCCCAUAAUGUGAUUAAGAGACAAAUUUUGGAGCAGCACCUUCAACAUUGAAUAGUUAAUAAGUAAUGACAGACUGAGUAUCCACGCUUGAGGCUGGACUCAGGAAAGCCCAAAAAUCAGGAAGUCCACCUGUUGUUGUCAUAUAAUAAUUACAUUUUUUUUAAUAUAUAGGUUAGGGUUUUCUUGUCUCAAGCUUCAGAAGAGAAUUGUUUGUUACAACAAAUAAUGUUUAAACUAAUAUCGCAGGUUUAGAUAGUAGGUGACUUCUCUUAGGGUGGACUUUCAUUUGGAUUGUGAUAGAAUGUUUUAUUGUAUGAAAUUUGUUUUCAGGAAAUAAAAUACUAGGCACUAUGA